AUGAUGGAGACAGACAAAGAACCCCGUCUCGAUGAGACGAAUUCUGCACCGUUUGACCUCGACAUUGUUGAAGAGAGUAUAAACAUGGCCGGCCCGCACAUAGAUCUUACGCCUACACCUCCGGCAGACCAAAGCGACGAACAGUCAAAUGACAAGGACGCCAUGUUUUCCGCGCCUGACGAUCUGACUGCAGACUGGGCCCAGUGGAUGCGCUGGGACGACAUCGAAGACACGAAGCCUUCGCUUUUCAAUAUACCGAACAUACCUGGCUCGACUCUCCCGCAGUCUGCCUUUACUUUCACUUCUGAUGAUGCCAUACUCCCUACCCAUGCGCUAGACCCGUCCAACGGCCCUCUCAGUCUCCCUACUGUUAAGCAACCCUUGGUUUCUACCAUCUUCCCAGAACAUCCGACAAUUGAAACAAUACAACCCGCACCACAGUCCGAUGCUUCUUCCCCACUGGCCCCCUCUCCCACAUCAUCAGUUGGACGAAAGAGAAAGUCUUCCCAUGAUGAUUCACCGGUGAACGACCUUCCUGCCCCUGCUGCUGAUAAGUCAGCUCCCUCUAAGAAACGAUCACACAAUAUAAUUGAAAAGAGGUAUCGUGCCAACCUCAAUGACAAAAUUGCCGAACUACGAGACAGCGUUCCUAGUUUGCGCUUGACCUAUAAGCAGCGUCAUGGCGGAAGCCUCAAAAAGUCCAACGAAGACGAGGACGUCGACCUCACGUCUGGAAACAAGCUCAACAAGGCCUCAAUCCUCUCCAAAGCUACAGAGUAUAUCAAACACCUGGAGCUAAGGAACAGUCGUCUGGAGGAAGAGAACCUUUCGUUGAAAAAUCGGUUUCGCGAACUCGAAAAGGCCCAGGGAAUAAACCUGGUUUCGUACCCUGCUGUUACUGGAUCAGAGACACCCUCAGGAGCUUGCACGGUAUCUACCAACUCUGUUGUCACAUCGCCGGAUCUUUUUUCUCAUUCGAGUGAUUUUUCUCCAGAUUCACCACCGAACCCCUUAUUCCCUCCCGAGGGACUGCUUAGGCCACCUGAUGGAUUCAACCAACUUCGCCCUACAGGGCCACAACCUCAUUAUGCAGACACUUUUCAAUACAACCAGCCUCAAGACUAUGACUGCGCACCGUUAGAAACCUCUCACACGGCCACUACUUCCGAUUCACACACCACCUCACGCGGACGACGACAGUUCAUGGGCAUCCCCAACAAGUUCAUGCUUGGUACCCUUGCCGGUAUCAUGGUCAUUGGCGGCUUUGAGAAUCACAGAUCUUCCGACCCAGACGAAAAGAAAGAACUUUUUGCCCUACCACUCCAAUUCCUCAGCAGCUUCUACCGCCUUGCCCUUCAGAAAAUCUACUUUAUCAAGGCCAAUUCCUGGCAGAUACGUGCCCUAUCGCAAUUUGCCCUAACCUCUCUUAUACUGUUUGGGUGUGCGUUUUUCGUGUUCCUAUACCUUUUCAACUCAAGACCAAAAAUAUCCCGAGUUCCUCUAAAACCGCUUAGAACUCGAAACUCUUCAUCGCAGCAGCAGGUUUCUACCUCUAGCUCAUUCACCGAGUUUCGACAAGAUGCAUGGCUUACGAGCAUACAAACCGUUGGUGUUCCGCGUCAUAACUUCUUCCCUGAAUGGUUUGCCGUCACAUCCCGCUGUUUAGAAUACUGUGUUAGGUGCCUGCUCGGAUGGAAACUAUAUUCCUUUGUUACUGGUAUCAGUGCGGAUGACGAGAAGGGCCGAGUUAAAGCUUGGGACAUCGCCCUUGAUGCCCAACUCACCGGAGGGGAUGCAGAAGUUAGCAAAAGCAGACUGGUUUUAACCAUUUUUGCUGCAGGCACUCUUCCCCGUAGCCCUGCUCGCAUGAUGCUUAAAGCAUUUCAUUGCAGGGUACUUUUAUGGAGAAUUGGCUCAUCCGACUCCUUGGCAUCCCGGAUUGCUAAUUACAUCGCUAAGAUGCUUGCAAAUUAUCAGUGGGAACUUGCCCAACGCAUGCACCAAAGGGGGCCGAAAAGGGGCGAGGACCCAUUACCAAGCCACCUUGCUUUCUUAUUAUCGAUGGAUUGUGACGAAGUAUUCACCGACACUAUCGUCCAGCGGGCCAGUAAUCUGGUUUGGAAUCGACCAACUCAGGAGGCAACAGAUGGCGAAGAUGCCUUGCUAGACGUUGUCGUCGAGGAUAGCGCCGUCCGCUCUCCCCUCGAUGUCCUUGCGGCAUGGUGGUCAAGCCGUGCGCUGCAAGAAGCCCUACUCAAAUCCCUAGACCUAGUGUCGGUUGACUCACCAAUCGAGAAACGCAAAUCAUUCGAGAGAAGCGUGGACAUAGCACUACAUUCUGCACCCAUCCCCUCAACGGCAUAUACCCGAGCAACUGUGGUGAAAGCCUUGUUUUUUGAAGAAGACAGGAUUAAGAAUGUCAAUACCGUUCUUGCAACACUGCCAGCUAGAGACUCGCAGAACUCUCGUUCGGCCUGUGGUUUGACAAACCUCCUUGAUUCUUCAAUUCCACCGUCCGCACGGGAUGAAAUAUUCAUUGGCGUGCGAUGCGCAAUGAUUGCUGCUAUAUUGCGAGGUCAAGUAGGAAAGGGUGAGGAUGAACCGAUAUCUUCCCCCUUUUCUCUUUCCAGUGCCAUCAAGCAAUUCAAUGCUGCUUCUGUUGAUGAAGUUGAACUCACCCUUCUUGGAUUUGCUUCUCACUAUUAUCUCCUCCACAUCACUGCCACUGACGAAAGACUACUGCCCUGCUCUUCUCUUGAAUCAUCUACCCAUUCGUCACUAACAGAAAUAAUGGGUAACUCGGAAACCACAACAAGCUUCAAGGAUGAGCAUGAUAUCCCCAUCCCUGAUCUUUCCCGAAUUGCUGCAGACCUGAUAUUCUGGGUACGAAAUGCAUAUAACCCAAUCUCCUCUGGCCUCAAUGCCAAACUUAUGGAGAAGGUUGUGGUAGACUGUGUUGAGGUAUGCCAUAACGCAGGCGUCGACAUCGAUAUCAGAAAAAUCCAACGUAUGAAGACCCAUCAGCGGGCACCAAGCGUUGGUCCCACGCAAACGUCAGUCGCCUCUUCAGAUUUUGAGGGUACGCCUAGCGGAGUUACCUUACCUGGAGCACAAGGCAGAAGAGAAAGCACUUUCAGCGACGAUACUGGGUACGGCAGCAUUGACUCUGAGGAGAACAAAGCUGUACCAUCUAAGACCCCGUUCUGA